AUGCCUCCUGCAAACCACAACACCGGUGCUCUAGGCACGUUCAGACCCGUUGCCCCGUACAUUACUACAACCACUGCGUCGUCGAUUGGCAGCAACGCCGUUCGCGAGAGCUCUUACUACGCCCAGGAGGAUCGGUGGCCUGCGCCCCGACCGGCAGAAGCUCAAACUGAGGACAAUCUCCUCUCCGAUUACAUCGCCCGUUCUGCCCCGCCGUUCAUCGUUAUCCGUGUCUCCCGCUCGCCUGUCGCAGCAGAGACAUCGAACACUAUCCUCACCCCCGACGAGGAGGAAAAGGAAGCAGACGAGGGCAGCAAAGACGGAGACAAAGAAGCGCCAACACAUACACCCACCAGGCCGACCACAAUGCCGCAGCGCAAGCCGUACGACGGGGGCGGCAUCGUGCCCCCGCACAUCCGCACGGCCAUCGCCGAAAGCAAGAACGCAUCCACAUCCGCGACGGAGGCCGCAAAGACACCCGGCACCAACCCCGCCGCAAAGGAGAUUCGCACGGAGGAGUUUACGCGCAGCGGCUUCGUGCCCGCCUACGUGCUGAAGAACAUCGCGACAAGCGAGGCGUCGACGGCUGAGCAGCGCGCGGAUGCGCAGCGGACGUUGGAUACGGACGAGGCACGGCGGGAGCGUGGGAAGGAUCGGGAUGCGGACGGGCAGGGGGAGAAGUAA